AUGGUUGAAAAAGUUAUAAUACCAGAAAAGAAAAUAACAACAACCAUAUCAAGUAAUGUAAGAAAUAGUAUAUUUGGACAUAUAUCACCAUUUAUUGGCCGAAAUAAUAAUAGCAAUCGUUGUCCAUCACCUAAAAACAAUCCAACAAUGAUAAAUCGAUCGUCAAGCAUCAAAAAGUUAAUCGAUCAAGAUCAUUUCCAUUAUGAGAAGGUUGAAUUAGGACCAAUUGAUAUUGCAUUAAUCACUUAUGAACCAAAUGCUUCAUCACCUAGCGAACAACUUGUACUACAAAUCGAAAGUGCUGGCCAAAAAUGGUGUAUUAAUCGAAGCAUUGAUCAAUUAUGUGAGUUCGAUCAGCAAUUACAUCGUUGUGUAUUCGAUCGUUCACAAAGUCAUUUAAAGGAAUUAGCACUGGAGCUGAAACAAAGUGAUCCAGAAAAUGCCCAAGGGCAUAUUCUUAUCUAUCUGCAACAAUUGUCACAGAUUACUGGCAAUUUGAUGCGUUGCUAUUCCGUUUUGAAAUUUUUAGAGAUUGAUAGUCAUGGAAAUCGCUUUCUAGCAGCUGAAGAAACUUUAAUAAAUACACCAGCUAUAGCUAGUGCAAUUGUCACCAAAGAUUUUAAAGCCGAAACAUGUGAUCAAAUUUCAUUACGGUUAUCCUGUAAAGUGAUCUAACGAAG